AUGAACAAGCUGUGUGCCCGAUUUACUUCACUCCCUGCUAUGAGGAGUGUUGUUUCAUUGGCUCGGCAACCUUGCUUUGGAGCUCGUAAUAGUUUUUCUCUAGGAAUUAUGAAACCUUCAAUACCAGUUCAUGCUAUUAAACCAAUGAAAAGACCAAAUAAUAUUGUAGCUUUGAAUUUUAGUGAAUCAUCGAAUUUGGUAUCUGGAGUUAUUCCGAAGAACAAACCUGUGAGACCAAUCAUUAUUGACACAUUCAAAAUGGACAGUGUAAAAAGGAAAAGACACAGAAAGAUGAAGAAACACAAAUACAGAAAAAGAUUGAAGAAGACAAGAAGUUUGAGAAAGAGAUUGGGUAAGAGAUAA